CCCCCACUAAUAAUCAGCCCUUUUAUCCAGACCAACAAACACACCAUAGGAGCUUUGUGUGGAUUCAGAGGAUUUGCUUCCCCCUCUCAAAGAGCCGCUCUUCUUUGAUGAUUGGGCAGCGGCGAACUUCAAAGUCAUAAAUCUCACUCCUGACUGGCUGGCGGCCCACCAAAGUCCUUAUCAAAUCCAAAGAAGUGAUCCUUCACUCCCUCAGAUAGUCCAGGGAUAGCUGGAGGAGAGGACGCGACGCCACCGCACACAGCACGCACUACACGCUCAAGUCUUUUUUAUUUUGAAGGUUUGAAUUUGGCUGCUUUAAAUCGAGAAGCUUGAGGAACUCGAGGAAGUGUUGCCAUGGCAGCUGUGGCUGUGCUGAGGAACGACACACUACAGGCAUUUCUGCAGGAUCGCACGCCAAACUCCUCGCCGGAAAACAGCAAACAUUCUCCUCUGGCACUUUUAGCGGCGACGUGUAACCGGAUCGGUCAUCAUCACGGAUCCGCCCACACGGACUUUAUUCAAGUUCCCUACGACACGACCCUCGGGUCGCCGUCACGGAUUUUCCACCCGUGGAGUAACGAGGCGAAUCCCCAAUCCACGCUUUCCGGCAAUACCUCUUUUGGACUAUCCUCCAAAUCUCACCUGCAGGGCUCCUACGCCUCCCACCAUGAGCUCCCGUUAACCCCCCCGGCCGAUCCCACGUAUCCAUAUGAUUUCUCUCCGGUUAAGAUGUUGCCAUGUUCAAUGCAGUCGUUACAGUCGAGCUGUCCGCCGACCUACGUUCCCGCCGUCACCUACGCGGCGCCGGCACCCAUCCCAACCUCCAUUCCCGGUUUUGUCCCGGGACACUCGGGCCUGGUCCAUCAGCAGCCGAGACAGCUCUCUCCAAACCCGGGCGAGGAUAUACCGUGGUGGAGCCUUCAGCAGGGAAACCACGUCAGCCACCCGUCGCCCCUCGGCCCCCACCGCUUCCCGAUCCAGAGGGGUUUGGUCUUGGGACACACGGACUUUGCCCAGUACCAGACCCAGAUCGCAGCCCUUCUCCACACCAAAUCCCCCUUGGCCACGGCCCGGCGCUGCCGGAGAUGCCGGUGUCCCAACUGUCAGUCGUCCAGCUCCAGCGACGAGCCCGGCAAAAAGAAGCAGCACAUCUGUCACAUCCCCGGAUGCGGGAAAGUAUACGGGAAAACGUCCCACCUGAAGGCGCACCUGCGCUGGCACUCGGGAGAGAGACCCUUCGUGUGUAACUGGCUCUUCUGCGGGAAGAGUUUCACCAGAUCGGAUGAGUUACAGAGGCACCUGAGGACUCACACGGGGGAGAAACGCUUCGUGUGUCCGGACUGCUGCAAGAGGUUCAUGAGGAGCGACCAUUUGGCCAAACACGUGAAGACGCACCAGAACAAGAAGAGCAAAAGUCACGAAAAGACUGAUUACGUGAAAAGAGAAGACCUGAGACCUGUGUAGUUGACUCGGAUGAACAUAGACUAGUGCAAUAUAAUCUUCAGGAUCCCGGUGAAGUGAAAAAGAAGCUUUUAUUUUUUCAUUAAAAAAGGGUUCACGAGACUUACUUAGACUGGGAGUCUUUUUUUCUUUUCUUUUCUUGGACUUGUAAAUAUCAUUUUCGAGUCGUUCCUGAAGGAACCCUGGAUAACGUGUCCUGUCCCCUGAGCUACUCAAAACAUUAACAAGUUUUAACUUGUGUUAAGAUCUCUGUCUUCGGUGGAAGAUUUCUUUAUCCUGUAAAUAUAUUGAUAGCUUUUGUUGAAUGAAAGUGUCAGUUUUUCGCUCCUUGUGGGGUGUUUUAGCAUGCUGUUAAAAACCAUCUGUUAAACUUCCAAAAAUGUGUGAAAAUAAAGAAAAUGUCUUGUACAUGCCAUCGAAACA